AUGACACAACCAUUCUACGGAGAUAUUAUAUCUUACGACAUCCACACUUACUGGAACAACAACAAUCAACAGGAUAGGCAAUUUGCGUUUGACCUUAGAGAAAAGGUUUUAAAAGAGUUUAGUAAAGAGAUUGAAAGUGGUGAUAUUAGAGUUUACAAGUUCCACGAUAAACCAAUUGGACCUCAUCCUUUGAACAUGUGGGAAUUGGAUUUUCGAACCCCAGCAAUGUUUGUAAAGCUUGUUCCUUAUUUUCAAUUGAAUCAUGGGAAAUUGUCUGUUUUGAUACACCCAAGAACGGGACAGGGCGAUCUCAAAGACCAUACUGAUCAUGCGCUUUGGCUUGGACAUAAAUUGCGUUUAGAUACUAGUUUCUUGAGUAAUGAAUAA